AUCUUGUGAUUUUAUGACAGAUAUGGGUAUGACAAAUGAAAAUUCUGGGGUGGGUCGACUGGUAGAUGAAGGUCUUGUUUGGGAAUCAAAAUCGUGGAGGAUAUCGGUUCCACAAAACCGUGAAAACCGGUGUCUCUCUAACUUUAUGUGAAUUUCUGAUGGCACGUGAAGUCAGGUUGCGGCGUUGUUCGGUGAAGGCGUCCGAUAGCUUCUGAGAGCAAUUGAUAUUCUGCAAACGUUUCCGUGCGAAUUGUUGCGUAGACAGACGGCUUAGCUCUGGGCUUGCAAGGUGGCUUAUGUUUGUAGAGCUCUUAGAAGCUACUGAAGUUUGACUGCCGGUAUCAGUUUUGGGCGCUCUGGAUAGUGGUAUCUAAGCUAUUCAGUUGAUCGUUCGGCGUACCGAUCGCAGUAGAUUAUUAUUCGCUAUUCCGUGGCCGUUCGUAAGCGGCAGCUAUCUCGUAUGCUGUGCAAAAUUAGCUUUGUGGAGAUUGUUACGAAUGAGUGCUAUGCUGCUAUGCCUCAAUCGAUGUUUAGUGUAUCGGCUUACAAUACGUUUUGUGAGUUGAUAUGCAAUGUUUUCAACCGUCAUUUACCGAGCUUAUCUAGAGUAUUUUUUUUUAAUUAUUAGAUAUCUCGGUAUAGUACACUUGAACUGUCAGCCCAUGUGAUGAAUUUGAAGCGGUUGUUAAUUGCAUUGGCAUACCUAAGAUUUAGACAUGUUUUGUAUCUCGAUUUCCUGCGAUUACUGCUGUUGAAUUUCGCACCGGACCGUUUCGUGACAUGAGACUGAAAUGUGGUUCACCAUGUCCUGUCAGCGGUGGGGAGCGGAGAUGAGGUGCUCUCUGGACCUCGACCCCACGCACUAAGCCCUGCUGCCACGUGACGAAUUAUAACCCCCCUCGACCGCCACCGCCGCCUUCUGUAUCUUAUCAGGGCUGGCACUGCCAUCGUCGCGUUGAACAGUACUAGGUCAGUGUCGUGACAGACUGAACUGUGGUUGAUCGCGUCCUUCCGGACCCGUCGUGCUUUAUUUGGCAGUGACUCUGUAAAGCUAGCGAUCUUGUUGGAGAUUCAGGGCCAUUGAAAGGCGUGUAGCUUUAUGUAUGUGCAGUGCGACUGUUCGUACGAGCGUUGCCCAGUGAAUGCAGACUGCGCUGUUGAUAAGUCGCUGGUUAUAUUUGCCGUCGCUCUACCGUCGUCACCGCCAUGCCGCUGCGUGCUCCGCGGGGCUCCGGCGAGCCGCCGCCGUACCGCCGCCAGUCGAGCGCCUCGGCGGCCGAUGACGACGGUCUGGUGAGCGCCGUGCUGAGCCGCAGUCGGCUGCAGACGCUGAAGCUGCUGCAGGACGGCGCCGACCCCAACUGCUGCGUGCCGGUGCCGAUGGGGGAGGAGGAGGAGCCACAGCUGCGGUCGGCCCGCCCGGACGGCGGCCCGGAGAGCGGCCCGGCGCGCCGGCCGCUGCCGCUGCUCGGAGAGGAGCGCGUCCUGCAGCAGGCCGUCCGGGACGGCUCCGAGCCCCUGGUGCGCAUCCUCCUAGAGCACGGCGCAGACGUGAACGCGGCCAACGCGGCCGGCAGCACGGCGCUGCACACGGCGGCGGCCGGCGCCAGCAGCGACGGCGUGCUGCGCGCGCUGCUCGCUGCGCCCGGGGUGCAGCUGGAGGCGCGCGACCGGCUCGGCUGCACGCCCCUGCACCUGGCGGCGGCUGACGGCGCCGCCGGGCGCGUCCGUCUCCUGCUCGAGGCCGGCGCCAGCGUGGCGGCCCGGAACGGCGCCGGCUUCACACCGCUGGUGGACAUCGUGCGCCGCUGCCCCGAGUGUCUGGAGGCGGCCUUCGACCGGUGUCUGGAGCUGCGCGAGCCCGGUGGACCGACCGAUCGGCGCGUCGUGUUCGACUAUAGUGUGUUCGACCCUCGCCUGCUCGACCCGCCGCCGGACGAGGCCCCGCUGUCGGCGCGCGCCGCGCCCCAGGUGGAGACCCUCCUACUGAACAGCGUACAGGACCGGCGAGCACAGAAGCAGCUGUUUCUGCACCCACUCUGCCAGACGUUCCUCAACCUCAAAUGGGGCAUCGUGUGGCCGUUCUACGUCCUCCACACGGCCAUGUUUGCGCUCUUCGUCGCCUGCUUCAACGUGUUCGUCGUGGUCGUCAUCAAGAGACCUGACUUUGACCUCGCACCGACCGACGCAUCCUCUCCAACUUCAACCCGAACCGUCUCGCCAACCUCCUCAGCCCCAAUGGCUGACUCCAAUCUCACAGCUACCUCCUCUUCUCCUUACGCUUCCGUCGGCUCCACUGAGUCCAGCGAGCGCUGGGAGGUGGCCAUGCUGUCCCUGACUGUGCUGGCCGUCAUCAUGCUGCUGAUCCGGGAGCUGCAGCGUCUGUUCGUCAUCGGACCUCGCGCCUACCUGCGAGCCACCGAGAACGUUGUGGUAUGGCUCUGCUGCGCGGGCGCCGUGGCCUGUCUGGCGGCCGCCGACCACUCGCCGGCGGUGUUCCGGCAGCUGAGCGCUGCCACGCUGCUCGUCUCGUGGGCCGAGCUGCUGUACCUGUUCGGCCUCUCCGAGCUCGCGUCUAUCCACGUGAUGACGUUGGUGACGCUGGUGCGCACCAUGGCGCUCUUCAUGAUGGUGUACGCGCUGGUGAUGUUGGCGUUUGCCAGCUGUUUCCUGGUGCUGUUCCAGAGUCAGGAGGAGUUCGGUAGCCCGGCGGAGACGUACAUCGCCACUCUGGUGAUGUCGAUAGGCGAACUCAACUACGCGCCCGAGCGGCUACGUGGCUCGGGGUUCGGCUACGUGGCCUACCUGCUGUUCAUCUUCUUCGUUCUCAUCAUCACAAUGAACGCCAUGAUCGGGCUGGCCGUGAACGACACGCGUCACAUAGAGCAGCGAGCCAACGUGCGCCUGCACACCAAACACCUCGAGUACGUGCACCUGUUCGAGCAGCACCUGCAGGGCGGCUGCCGGCGGCUGUGGCUGCUGCUGCCGCGUGCCGAGCUCCGUCUGCUGACGCGCCUGCCGCCGCACGGGCUCGAGGUGCGGCUGGGCGGCCGGCGCCAGGCGCGCUCGCUGCUACACCGCCUGCUCGGCGCCCUACGCCGCGUGCCCGUCCGCGAGGCGGAGCUACUGCGGCUGGCGCGCUGGCUCAAGAACCGUCCGCGUCUGCUGGCGGCCGCGGCUGGUGUGGUGCUGGCCCGCAGGAGGCUGGAGGCCGAGCGGCAGCCGCCGCGGAGGACGGAGUCGCUGCCGGAGGAGCCGAACCCUGAGGAGGAGGAGGAGGGGCGCGAGUGGGAGGAGCUGCGCAGGAACACGCUCGAGCUCAAGUGUGAUGUCGGCGAGCUGCGCGCGGAAGUGGCCAGGAUUGGGAGGAGUGUGCAGCUGGUUCUCGAUAUGCUGGAUCAGGCGAGGGCCAGUGAGGACAAGUAGCGACUUUAUUUACCUCAAUCAACAACAAUCCAUCGCA